GUCAGCAGAUGACCAUGUGCGACUUUAAGGCAAUGAUGCUAGUGUGACGUGUAUUCUAGUGGACGGAACGCUUCUUUAAACAGCAAGCAACACUUAGUCAGCCACCUCGGUAGCUUGCUAGACAAAAUAGCCGAACCAAUAAAGCUCUUUAGACACUUUCGUGUAUAUUAGCCACUGUGUUUUAAAUCCAAUUCUGUCGUCUAGUUAGUUAUCCGAUUUCAUUUCAUAUUUACGGUGUUGCUGCUGUUAGUCAACUAGCGUGCUGGUUAAGGGUAGUAUUAGCCUAGCUAGCUAACAUUCCUUACCAUGAGCUCACUAAGGUUCUCUCCUCCUGCUACAGAAGAGGAGGUCUGCUGGACGGAGAAAGGUCUUUGGUUGAACGUUAUUGUGAAAGAAGAGGAGGAAGAAGAGGAUGUCGCAGUAAAACAAGUAGAGGGUGAGGCUAUUACAGUGAAAGAAGAAGAGAAAGAUGUUUCAGUGAAAGAAGAGGAGGACGCGUUCCGAGUGAAAGAGGAGGAGGAUGGGGAGAUGACUGUCACAUGCAAAAAGGAGGAAACUAGAUUUCUGGUCCCUGUUUCUCAAACGCAUCUUAAGGCAUCCAAUGGUUCUAAUGAUGAACUUAGCCGUAAGAUAGUUUUGAGAAACCAGGCCCUGAUUAACACUAGAGAGAGAUGUGACUAUCAUGGAUCCUCUGGGGAGCCUCAACAACCUCAUGAUGCUGAAGAGGCAGAGAAGAGUUUCUCCAGAUCAGAACACCUCAAGAAAGACCUGCAGAGAUCCACAGGGAAGAGAACUCACUGCUGCUCUGACUGUGGGAAGAGAUUCCCCUCCUCAUCAGGCAUUAAAAUUCAUCAGAGGAUCCACACAGGAGAGAAAUCUUUUAGCUGUACUCAAUGUGGGAUGAGUUUUACUCGUUCAACCAGCCUGAUAUCACACCAGAGAACACACACUGGAGAGAAACCUUAUAGCUGUAAUCAAUGUAGGAAGGGUUUUACUACAUCUAGCUAUCUAAUUGUACACCAGAGAACACACACAGGAGAGAAACCUUACAGCUGUGGUCAAUGUGGGAAGAGUUUUGGUCAAUCUAGCUAUCUGACAGUGCACCAGAGAAUACACACAGGAGAGAAACCCUAUAGCUGUGGUCACUGUGGGAAGAGUUUUACUGAUUCUAGCAAUCUGACUCUACACCAGAGAACUCACACAGGAGAGAAACCGUAUAGCUGUGGUCAUUGUGGGAAGAAUUUUGGUCAGUCUAGUGAUCUGACAGUGCACCAGAGAACACACACAGGAGAGAAACCUUAUAGCUGUGAUCAAUGUGGGAAGAGUUUUACUGCAUCUAGCAAUCUGACUCUACACCAGAGAACGCACACAGGAGAGAAACCUUAUAGCUGUGGUCAUUGUGGGAAGAGUUUUGGUCAAUCUAGCGAUCUGACAGUGCACCAGAGAACACACACAGGAGAGAAACCUUAUAGCUGUGAUCAAUGUGGGAAGAGUUUUGGUCGAUCUGGGCAGCUGACUGUACACAAGAGAACACACACAUGAGGGAAACCUCUUAGUUGUGAACAAAGAUAAUCUGAUUAAAGAUCUCUGAUCAAAUAUCAGAAAGUACAUGCAUGAAGGAGUUGUUUCAUGAUAUCAGUGAAUUAAUGUCACAAUGUAGAAUGUUUUAACAUUGUAGUAGCAGUAUUUUAAUGAUGUCAUAAUGUAGAACCCUAAAUAUUUGUCCCCUGUUCUAUUGAUUUCAACAUGAUAUGGAUAUUAGCCUCAGGGGAAUAAUCCAGGCUCUGAAUUGAAAGAGUACUAUUUAUGUGGUAUAACAAAAAGUGACUAACAAAAAAUUAGUUGUGUUGCACUUAGUGUUGGUGACCCACGAAUCAAAAUGUAGCUAGCUGUUUUCUACAAAUUGUCCUCUAACCAGUGAUGUAUUCAUUAUUCCCAGAUUCCGUGUGAUUUUUGAGCUGUUCGUUUUAACAGGACAUGCAAUAUAAUCUCCCUCCUCUCGCACAAAUCAUUUUAACAUGAUAUCGAUGAGUGAUGACAAAUAAGUGUUGCGUUCCUUUGUGUAGUGACCCCUACAUUUAAAUGCAUCACUCAAAUGUAGCUGACUGUCUUUCAUGUUUGUUUUUUUAUUUGUUGCGUUAGUUUCCUGAUUUCCCAAUUAAUCGAUAUCAGUGAUUUAUUGCUAUUUGUCAAAACAACAGUGUUUUUGGUGCUUGUGCAGUCUAAGGAGCUUGCUUAAAAAAUACAAGUAAUAUGAUUAUUGUGGCAGAUGUUGUGUAUAUAGCACAUUUUACGUUUAGGUUUUGAAUAUAUCCCAAACUGUUUAUGCAUUUUGUUUAUUGAUUUGUACAUGUUAAAACAGUGUUUUGACAUUGGGGUUAUUCCACCUAGCAAAAUGUAAUUGAAAUUAAGACUAUGCCUGAUGUCCAAUAUUCGGUUCGGUUGUAGUUGAAAGUAAAAGAUGAAAAGAUGAUUUUUGUCAAUGACUUUAAAUUAAUUUCAAAGUACUUGCAGCUUAUACACAUGGACACAGUGUAAAGAAUUGGUCUGUAAUCAAUUUUAUUAACAACCCUACAUCACUCCAGUAUUUCUUGACAACAUUCAAAUGCUAAUUGUCUUUAUUCCACUACUGAAGAAGCAUGACUCAAAUCAAAAAUAUUCAGCCCGACAAAAUGUACAUUUGUAUUAUUCCAUGCCUCACCAUUAAGUGAAUUAUAGCCAAUACAUAUUAACAAAGGGGUGUACAUUUGGUUUUGAUACUUCAUAUUUACAAUUCAUGUAACAUUUAAUCCUAAUUAUUUAUGCAACCAACUGACUGAGAGCUCUUGAAGCUAGUGAGUUUUUCAAAAAACACUUUUUGUGUUGUGUUUUUAAUUGUUGACAGCCAUAUUGUAGAAUGUGAAUCAUUGUAGUUGAUUAUCAUGUGAAAUGGAAGUUGUUUUCUGUUGGUGGUGAGUAAACUUGUCCAACAAAAAUAUUUGGUUUUUGCAUUUAUGUUUUGAGGUUGAACGUUAGCACGUAUAGCUCGUUAGCACGUAGGGAGCACUGAUUGGUGUCACCUCGUUAGUCAGUAUGUGUUACACCUGUUCUGAUAAUAUUAUAAUCAAAUGGCAUUUUCCUUAGGAUGCUCAUUAGUCUUUAAGUUGUUAAUUUUCUGUUUUUUAUCCCCUUAUGUAUGUUGUGUACUAAAUAGUUUUUUUUUAUUUUCAUAGGUUUUUCCCCCUGUGAAGCCAUUGUGUUGCAUCCAUGUCUGAAAUGUGCUGUAUAAAUAAAGCUUGUUUUGAUUUGAA